GUUUUAGUAAUGUUUAUGUCAAAUCAGCAUGUCAAAUUUUCAUAUCUAUUUUGAAAGUAAUUGAAAUAUGUGAUAAUAUGUUUUGUUUUAAUUUAGAAUUAAUCCAGCUAGUCACACAACCAGGCUUUAUAGAUCUCACACAAGAGCAAGGAGGGGCCGAAAGGCAGGACCAGGGCGCCACCCCCAGUGAGAUCGUAUUAAGAAAUGGUACCCCGCCUAUAACGCCGUCAUCAAGAAACAAUGACGUUGUAAUAUCUAACGCAGACACAAUAGACCUUACUUCAGAUGAAGAUCUUCAGGGUGAUGACUACGAACCACCCGCAAAGAAAAGAAUCAUUGGUGUCGUCACCCCUAUGAGGAUACAUAUACCCGCGGUAAAUGACGAAAGACAAACGUCGGCGAGUGUACUAAGAUGGUCUGAUUCACAGCUAAAUGCUUGGGACCAGGCGUCAUGGGCAAGCGAAGAUGACGCACCAACGAGAGGCGGCCAAACCCCGUAUCCAUCACAAGAAGAACCAGUAGAACAAGACCAAGAACCUGCACACGAACACACACAUGAACAAGAACAAGACCAAGAAGAUCAAGAAGAAGAAGGAGAAGACGGCAACGUGUCAGUGGCUUCGAGCAAUAGUUCAUCUCGAGGUCACCAGCGCAGUGAGCGCAUUGAAGCAACGCUCAAUCAUACCCUUACCGAAGUGCUGGCAAUACACACGCGUAUGGAUGGAAUUGAAACCCGUUUGGAUGAUAUUAUCCGCCUUUUAAAUGAGCAGAUGACAAUGAAUGAGAGAGGGUUCGGGUGUGUACUAUCUAACGGUAAUGAAAAUCUGAGAGAGAAAAGACUGAUGGUGGAUCUUCUAUGUGCAACUCACAGAGAUGUACAAGAGAUCAGACAUUUUCACAAUUGAAUGUUUGUCUGUUUUAUUACACUAUGAUUUGUAUAUUCUUUCACCUGUUAUGAAUUUUAAAAUUUCCGUCUGAAUGUUUUUAUAUUUUGUAGCAAACCGUUUUGAUACCAUUACUGUUUUUGAACAAAAUAAAUAUUAAAAUGGCCGAUGAGAAAUGUUUUUGUGGAGACAAAAUGCAUUCCUGUCAACCAGACCAUUCUCUCACAGAGCUGUUACAGCGUGAGCUUGACUUGCAUACUGAUAACUCUGACCAAAGGUGUGAUAGAUUACGACAGAUGUUAAAUAUGUAUCCAGAAUCUGUAGAAAUGUCUUUAAAUGAUGUUUCGUUACAACGUUCUUAUAAUUUGGAUGAUUUAGAAAUGUUUGUAGCACAAUCACACACCGUUGACCUGUGUGAUCGAUUACAGAGUUUAUUAAAUGACAACUCCAUACCCAACGUACAAGAUGGUGCUGGUCUAAAUAAUGGCUCAAAAUGUAAUGAUCCUACACUCUCCACAGAUAGCGGCGGCAAUAUCCCUCCAUCAUCUAUCGGUGAUGCUACCCCUACCGGUACCGAAAAUUCUGAUCAGCCAACGUCUGACAACUCAGCUCGCCCAACAGGUAAUCAGGCUGUUGAACUCCCGUCCAGUAGUAUUACCGAUAGACCUCAGACACAACGUCCCGACAUUGACGCACUGAUUAGACACGGUGGUUCCGUAAACGGAUAUCAUGUUUUACCAAGACCACGCUUCAACAGCGUACAAUUGCGUAGGACGAUGAAUCUGAGAGAAAUCAACUCUAAUGAUUUGGCCUCAUAUCAUAAUUUUUUACACAAUACCUUCAGCGAUAUAGUGACGUUUGCGCGAGAUAUUGGUGGAGACGGGUGUGUUAUCAAUUUAUCCAUGUCCGCUCCUUCUUUGAGAACUCCCAUUAAUACUGUUUUAACAUCAGGGAGUAAUUAUGACGUCGGUAUGUUUCUGGAUCAAUUUGAAAAAGUUUUACAGAGUGACGACCAGAUAUUGACGGAUGACUCGGUCGAGAUUGAUGCGAACAUAGCCAUUAACAGACAAGGCGGUGGUCGGGUACGUCGCAAACUCACCGAUUUGGCUUGUCACGAGGUGAUUAAGCGUAAAAAAAUGUCGUUAUUCUGCCCGUUAAACAUCUCGAAUAAUCUAUGUUUCUCCAUCUGUCUCGCUCAUUUUCUCAACCCCCAGUUACCCGAGAGCGAACUAGAAAGAAUGGCGACCAUUAUCCACAACAAUGCGGGGUUCUCCAUCCACAAUAAAAUUGGACUGGACAACAUAGCGUCGUUCGAAACCCUGUUAGGUAUCAAAAUCGUCGUUUUUUACAGACCGACCGCCGGUACGAUAGAAACAUUCAAAAAUCAGGAUGAACCUCAUCCUAAAACAGUAUGCCUCUAUCUGCAUGACGCUCAUUACUACAUGAUACUGAAUUUGACGGCAUUCAUAGGCGCUGAUUACGUGUGUGAAUUUUGUUAUAAAGGUUACACAAAUCGCAGAGAUCAUCAUUGUAACUACGUAUGUAACGUGUGUCAUGACCCCGAAUGUCACAGAUUCCCUAAAAAACCGGUGCACUGUCCCGAUUGCCUGCGUUUCUGUAACUCCGCUUACUGC